CCAGAAUAAAUGUCUGCCAGAUGUUUAGAACAGAACUUUUUGCGUGUCAUGAUGACAUUAUUUUAUCCCAUUUGAAUUUUUAUAAGGAGAGAAAAAAUCUGAAAGAUGAUGAAAUUUGUUUGCAGGUUUUAACAAUAUUAUUAUCUGUCUGGAAUUGUUUGGCAGAGUUCUGUGUACGAGAUCGACACACACCGAUCCCGAACCAUGAAAGCUCGUUUUACCAAUAUUGAUAUUGUCGCCGCUGUGCGGGAACUGCAAGGAUUGAUCGGUCUGCGCGUAACGAAUGUUUAUGAUGUCGACCACAAAGUGUACCUUUUCAAGUUCGCAAAACCUGAUUCAAAGGUGAUGCUGUUAGUGGAGUCUGGAAUCCGCAUACACACCACAGAUUUUGAAUGGCCGAAAAACUCCGCACCAUCAAGUUUCGCAAUGAAGCUGCGCAAGCACAUUAGAAAUCGCCGAUUAGAACGUAUUCAUCAACUUGGCGUCGACAGAAUAGUCGACAUGCAAUUUGGAAGCCGCGAAGCAGCGUACCAUGUAAUUGUGGAGUUGUACGACAGAGGAAAUAUUGUGCUCACUGAUAAUUCUUACAAUAUCCUGAAUAUCUUGCGAUCCAGAACGGACGAAGAUACCGAUGUGCGUUUUGCGGUGCAUGAACAAUAUCCAACACAGAUGGCCAAACAGUGGACUCCUCCUCCCAGCGAAAAAGAAAUUCGAGGAUGGUUCGUUAAUUUGUCUGGUAAAGAUCAGCUGAAGAAAAUCUUGAAUAUCCAUCUUUUCUAUGGGUCAGCGCUGGUGGAGCACGCAUUGUUGAUAACGGGACUCGUACCCAAUCAAAAAGUUGCGAAGGAUGCGAAUUUAGAAGCGCUCAUUCCCAAAGUCAUCGACGCAUUGCAAGUAUCAGAAAAUUUGUACAAACAGUGUUCCGAAUCAGUUGGAAAGGGGUAUAUCACCUACAGAACGGAGAAAAAAAUUCAGGCCGGAAAAGACGAAGAAUGCGAAGUUUAUGAUGAAUUUCAUCCCGUAUACUUUCAGCAGCUGAAAAGUGUACGUUCUCUUGAAAAAGACACCUUUCUGACUGCAGUGGACGAAUUUUAUUCGAAAUUAGAGAGCCAGAAGUUGGAUAUGAAUAUUCUGGAACAACAGAAACUGGCACUGAAAAAACUGGAGAAUGUUCAACGGGAUCAUGAGCGUCGCCUGGAUGCGUUACGUCAAACCCAAGAAAAAGAAGCUCUCCAGGCUCGCUUGAUUGAAGAGCAUGUAGAAUUAGUGGAUAAAAUCAUCGUUUACAUGCGAACUAUAAUGGCAGCUGAAUUAUCCUGGCCGGAUGUGGCCGAGCUGCUUGAGCGAAGACGCGAACGAGGAGAUGAAAUUGCCGAGCGAGUGGUCAAGGCUGAUAUUGCACGGAAUACAGUGACCAUCGUUUUGGAUAACCGUAAUAACCGCAGCGACGAAGAUAGCGACACCGAAGAGCAGGAUGACGUGGUGAAGCUUGACAUUAAUCUCGGACAGUCUGCUUUCCAAAAUAUCACCAGGUUACAUUCCGUGAAAAAGCAGGCAGCGGCCAAAGAACACAAGACUAUUGAAGCAUCUGAAAUAGCCCUUAAAAAUGCCGAAAAGCGGACUAGGCAGGCACUGAAAGAAGUGGCUACAAUUGGGACAAUAACAAAGGCGCGGAAAACGUAUUGGUUUGAAAAAUUUUUUUGGUUUAUCACUUCGGACAACUAUUUGGUCAUUGGUGGCCGUGACGCCCAGCAGAACGAAAUAUUGGUGAAACGCUAUUUGAAAACUAACGAUUUCUAUGUUCACGCGGAUUUGCAUGGGGCCAGCAGUGUUGUUGUUAAAAAUCCUUUGAACACCCCGCCGCCACCGAAAGCUCUGGAAGAAGCUGGCGUCAUGGCUAUCAGUUACAGCAGUGCGUGGGAAGCUAAAGUCCCUUGUCGUGCUUGGUGGGUGUACAGCCAUCAAGUUACCAAAACGGCGCCGACGGGAGAAUACUUGACCACGGGUAGCUUUAUGAUACGUGGACGAAAGAAUUUUUUUGUCGAUUUGCCCAUGGUAAUGGGAUUCGGUAUAACCUUUAAAAUCGAUGACGCUUCGGUGCAGAACCAUAUCGGACAAGAAGAUCGGGCUGAAACCGAAGCUGAUGCAGAAGUAACUACAAAUCCUGGUGAAGAUGUUGCACUGGAAAUGGAUAACAGUUCCGAUGACGAAGCGGAAGUUGCGACUGUAGAACAAGAAUCGGGAGAUAUUAAUUUGCUACGCAGUUUGGCUUCUCGGAUUUUGUCAACUGGUGUAGAUAACGAGGAAAACACGCUUAUCACGGCUACAUUGUCUGGCUUUGUUCCGGCGCAAAAAAGUGGGUCUCAGAAAGCAAGCGUUAAGCAAAGCGGAGAGUUAAAAGUUGUACCGCCGAAAAUUAAUAUUACAAAGGCUGAUGUCAAAGAGAAGAAUAAGCCAAAUGCUGUCGAAGAUGAUCACGAUUGGUCGGAUUAUAAAAAGAAAAAGGGAAAAUCUGCUCCCCGGGCAACAAAAAACUACACCCAGCGACACCAAGGUCUCCCGGAAAAGGUUCGUAAGAAGAAGACAGAUAGAGGGCUCAAGACUGAAGAAAGUAUUGCUUCCCUUGAUGAUUCCGUAAAACUAACUGAAGAGGAAACAUCUCAAAAUGUGAUGAAUGAGAUCGAAACUGCUGGAGCAAUGGGAGAUGAUGCGCUGGUGGAACAACCGACUGAAACAACUUCGGACCAGUCAUUAAGUGAAAGGAAGCCCGGGACGGAAGAGCGUGAUGAAGAGGAUGUGGAUGAGGAUGAGCCGGUGACAGCUGCCACCGAGGAUUCACACUUUUGGAAAACAUUUAUUGGAAAUCCGCUGCCCAACGAUAUCCUGCUGUUUUGCCUACCCGUUUGUGCUCCAUACGCCGCUAUGCAAAGUUUCAAGUACAAGAUGAAAUUACUCCCGGGCACGGCGAAACGCGGAAAAGCAGCCAAAGCUUGCUUUCAGGCAUUUAUUAGAGACAAAACGGCCACAUCUACAGAAAAGGACAUACUGAAAUCGAUCAAGGACCAGGAUUUAUCGCGCAACUUUCCGGGCUCUGUCAAGGUGGCAUUACAGCAGCCCAAGUUCAAACAGCGACGAAAAUAAUGGAUGUUUUGUUCUUUACUAAAAAAACCGGUUCUGUUACCCCAACGAGCAGAGAUAUACUUCGGAUAAUAUUCGGAUUAUAAACUGGAAAUCUUGCGCUUAUUGGUGUAUUUGCUCAUGGUCAUGUAAUGACUGCCGCCUUUGGUUAUUUGAAUACGGAACGGUCCAUCAUCCUUAACCGGCUCCGGCGGGACGUUCGCUAGCCGUGCCAUUUUCCAGCUGGUGAAAACAGCAAUUAAACAAAUGAAUCCCUCCAUGCCUGCAUCGCUCAGGGCAAUUAUGAUCCAAAUGUCUUUCUGGUCCUUCUGAAAUGUAUUCCCGUCGUUGGUGUGGUAGACGAGUCCCAGUCGUAACAGCUGGAUACUUAUUAACAGCAGGAUCAUGGCACACACCGAGACCCCGAUGAAAAGAUGUAUCUGUUGCAAAUCAAUAGAAAAGUGAUUUUAUGAGCUGAUUUAUUGGCCAAUUAUAUGGUUAUUUGAGUGAUUUACCAUGUACACUGUUCGCUUCCGCGCUGCACUGAUUCCACAAAAUCCCGCCACUACAAACUGAGUUAUAACGGUGUGAUUAUCACGUCUUUGAUGAUUAAUUUAGUUUUACAUUUCCACCCUAAUCAGAAUAAUUCUUUUUGACGCCUGCAAUAAAUUCUGAAUUUUCCUGUCGUCUGAUAUUUGGUAACACGUAUACUGACGGAUCCACAUGGUAUAAGCGGCAUUUUAGAUAUUCCAGUGUUUUGUUGUUCUAAACCUGAUAUGAAAUAUGCCGCUAUCAUUUUCCAUGGCCAUGUUCACCUUGGCAGAUUUUGAUUACCGCAUUGUUUGCGCUGGAUG